ACUUUAAAAAUGGCACACAGAUUUAAUAUUAAAUUUUUUUAGCGGGUUCUUCCUAUACUAUGCACAAUUCACUACAUUUAUUAUUUUUUCCUUUAUUAUUAUUUUAAGGUGAUUCUAAUUUCCUUUUCAAGGUUUGAGGAAGCGCUUACGCCUUCGUGUGCAUCCGUGUAAUCUGUCCGUAGAGAAACCAAGUCAUUGCUAAAUGACUUCCGCAAACGAGGAAUCGAGGUAUGUAAGAACGACGUCAAAUUGCUCAAACGCUGUCAUGUAAUCAGGAUUAGGAUAUAACCUAACUGCUGCUGUUCUCCAGAUCUCCAGAUCUUCAUAUCCAGCUGGAUCUCCAGGUCUCCAGGUCCAGCUGGUUCACAAUCACAUCCUGUAUUAGCUGAUCAACUGAAUCACAGCAGGAUCUCACAUGGCUCACACUGGCAGGAAAGAUGCUCCUCAACCUCCAGACUUUGCUUUGCUGAAAAGGUUGGCUAAAGAUCAGCUCAUCUUUCUCCUGGAGCAGCUUCCAGGAAAGAAGGACUUGUUUAUUGAUGCAGAUCUGAUGAGCCCGCUUGACCGAAUAGCCAAUGUUACCACACUUAAGCAACAUGACGUGGACAAACUCUAUAAAGUUGAGCUCAAACCAAUCGUCAGUGUUUCAGAUCAACUCUGCUUCCUGAUUCGUCCUCGAAUCCAGACGGUGAAGUGGAUCGCAGAUAUAGUGAACUCUGACAAAGCAGCUGGAAGGUUCAGACGAUAUAAAAUUAUCUAUUCACCUCAGAAGUUCUAUGCGUGUGAUGCUGUUUUGGAGGAGCAGGGAGUCUAUGGUGACGUGACGUCUGAUGAAUGGGCUUUCUACCUGCUUCCCCUAGACGAUGACAUCAUCAGUCUGGAGUUGCCUGAGUUCUUUAGAGAUUAUUUUCUGGAGGGAGAUCAGCGCUGGGUGACGACGGCAGGAAGUGCGCUACAUCUCUUACAUUCGCUGUAUGGCCCCUUCUCCAAGGUCUAUGGGAUUGGAAGAUGUGCCAAGAUGGUGUAUGAGUCAUGGAGGGAGCAGGUGGAGGACGGAGAGCAGAAAGCGCAUCAACCGGAGAUUGGCAACGUUUUCCUUAUCGAUAGAGAUGUGGACUUUGUUACUCCUCUGUGCUCUCAGGUGGUUUAUGAAGGAUUGGUGGAUGACAUUUUCAGGAUUAAAUGUGGUUGUGUGGAGUUGGGUCCUGAGGUCACCUCCUCUGAUAAGAGUGUCAAAGUGAUGCUUAACUCUCAAGAUAAGGUGUUCAAUGAAAUCCGAAACGAACACUUCUCCAACGUAUUUGGUUUCUUGAGUCAAAAAGCCAGAAGUCUUCAAACGGCAUAUGACAAACGGCGUGGGAUGGAUAUCAAGCAGAUGAAGACGUUCGUUUCAGAAGAACUGAAACUUCUGAAACAGGAGCACCGUCUUCUCAGUCUGCACAUUGGUGCGAGCGAGUCCAUCAUGAAGAGAAAAACGAAGCAAGACUUCCAGGAGCUGCUGAAGACCGAACAUUCUUUGCUUGAAGAUUUUGAGGUUCGGGAAUGCAUCGGCUUCAUCGAAGAACACAUUAACAGACAGGUGUCAAUGAUCGAAAGUCUGAGACUCCUUUGUCUGCUGUCUCUUACUGAAAAUGGACUCCUGCCGAAAGAUUACCGCUCUCUAAAAGCUCAGUACCUCCAGAGUUAUGGCAUAGAGCACCUACUGACCUUUGCGAACCUGAGGCAGAUUGGCCUGCUGGUGGAGCAGCAGCCUGGAGAAGCACUAACAGCAGUGGAAAGCAAAGUGGGCAAACUGGUCAAUGACAAGACCGUCGGAAAGCUGACCGAUGCGUUCUCCUCACUGGCCAAGAAGAGCAAUUUCCGAGCGCUGAGCAAAAAACUGAUGCUUAUACCUAAGACUGGUGAAGAGUAUGAUCUCCGAGUCCCACGGGACAUGGCUUACAUCUUCAGUGGUGCCUACGUCCCGAUGAGCUGCAAACUCAUUGAACAGGUAUUAGAGAGAGAUGGAUGGACGGGACUCGAGGAAGUCACUCGCAUGUUAAACGGCCAUGAGUUUGCAGUCACAGGAGGUUCCAGUGGGACUGAAGCACGAAUUAAAACAGACUCCCAAAGGAUUAUUCUCGUGAUGUUUUUGGGAGGAUGCUCCUACUCUGAGAUAUCAGCCUUGCGCUUCAUAGGCAGAGAGAAAGGUUAUAGGUUUAUUGUGGUGACAACAGCGAUCACAAACAGCGCCAGGCUUCUGGAGGCUCUGUUGGAAUAUCAGACUUGAAUCCCCAGAGUGUCCAUAAGUGUCCACGUGUGUGUGUGUGUGUGUGUGUGUGUGUGUGUGUGUGUAGGACCAAAGCUGAACCGAGCUGAACAGAACCUACAGUUACAAAUGGACAUGAAGGCAAUGAGUGAAAACAAAAGCACUAUGCUAUUUCAUUGAAUGUGUGUUUGUUUCAUAUAAUUUUUUUGUAUGAUUGUGAAAGUGCAGGGGCACGGUGGCAGUGUUUUCCGCUGCGUCCAGAUUCUAAGAGUUCCACCGUGGACAAUAAAUAUGUAUUUGUCUUUUAAA